UCCACCCCUCUCCACAGAGCCCACAGCAAUCCUGAACCAGUAACAGAGCUGGCUUUUCUCCUGCCGUGUUUGGAUUCAAGGAACACCCACCCUGCUGUGCCAACUCUGCUGCUCCAGUGGCACCUCAUGCCAGCCAGGGCUCCCAGGCUGCCUCUUGGGCUCUCUGCUCCCAAAGCCAUCCCACGCAGGCACUUGAGCCCCACGUGGCAGGAGGCUGAUGGAUGCUGGGCUCUGGCUCUCGGCCCCUCUGUGCCUGGAUGCUCAGCAGCAGCUCUGUGGGAGGCUUCCUCACAGCCUCACAGCUUUAUACCCUGCACAGGCACGUCCCUGUAGGAGCUCCCUCCUCUGCUUAGCCAGAGGAUGCCUGGGUGUCACUAGCACUGAGAGGACAGAGAGGUUCUUUUAGGGAUCCUGGGCAGAAUGAAGAUGGCACCAAAUCAUAGUGACAGAGCUUUGUUUCUUUAUCAGGGUAUUAUGAUUAGUGUAGAACUGAAUUUAUGAUUGAAACAGCACAGGACUUCUACAAGCAGAACCAACAUAGUACAAUCUACAAAUAGCAAAAUACAGAAUUUAUAAAUAAUUUAUGAUUUCUAAUCACCUAAGUAAUAGAGAAUUUAUAAUUCAACUUAUAAUCACCUGGACCCUCUUCAGAUUGGGCCAAAUCCUAACACAUGGUUUGUUGUAUCAUUGUAACAAUCAUAAUCUAGACUCAAAAAUCCUAUAAAGGAAUAUGAGCCACUCACUGAAUCCUUGGAGAAAGCAUAGGAUGGUGGAGGUGUCUCCUGGCCAUAGGAUUCACAGGUCUCACUGUCCAGUAACUCCUUACUUAGGACUUGCUCUGUGUGCUGUCACACUUCCCUCUUCUGUGAUGGGGACACAACCCCUGCCUGGCUGGGUGCCUGUGACCUUCAAAGCCACCAAGGCAGGCAACAAUUGCCUGAUGCCUGGGAACCCUGGGACUGGCAGGGGAAGGAAGAAGAAAACUGGUUUGUCAAGUUGCUUCACAGGACCUUGAAGGCCUGAUAAUUAGGCCAGGGAAUGGCUAUGAGAUACAUUUGAUCACAGAGAGUGGCUCAUGCAAUGUCAUUAGUUGUGCUACCCAUAUUACUGGGAGGGAGAGCAGACAGUACUGGGUGGAUUGGGUGGCAGCAUCACGAGCAGGAGCAGUGGCAGAGACUUAUGCAGAGACAGAGGACAGAUAUUUUCACCUGGAGAGGUGAGAAAUAAGAAACAGAAAAAAACCUGGUGUGCAAUGUGGAAAUAAAUAAACGGGGAGGUGGAGAAGAACACCUUGACUUUGAGAGUGCCUUGUCUCUCUGCUUUCCUAGUUCUUAAGGUGUUAGGGAAUUUUUGUAGGCAAGUGAAUCUCAUCAAAGACGAGUGCAACCUGUGCUCUCACUUCUGCUAUGUCUGUGUUCCAGACCGCUUCUCCUUACGGAAAGUCUCAGGCCAGGCAUGGGGCCAUUGGAGGGAGCCAACAGCACAUUCACCGUGGAGAAGACAGCAUUAGAUGAGAGGCUGCCACACAGCUGGCAUGCCAAGGACUUUGUCGCUCCUACCCAGGACCUCUCUGGUUCCCGCAGUGUCAUGAUGGACAGCACCAAGAUCCUGGGGGUCCAGGUCAUCCUGAUUGCUGCCUACUCCCUCAUCAUUCUGCUGGGCUUCAUCGGAAACUCCCUGGUCAUCUACAUCAUAGUGAAGUACAAGACCAUGAGGACUGUCACCAACUUCUUCAUAGCUAACCUGGCCCUGGCAGACCUGAUGGUGGACACGCUCUGCCUGCCUUUCACCCUAGUGUACACCCUGCUGGACGAGUGGAAGUUUGGAGCUGUCCUUUGUCACCUGGUUCCUUAUGCUCAGGCUCUGAGUGUCCAUGUGUCCACUCUCACCCUGACUGUGAUUGCCCUGGACAGGUACCGCUGUAUUGUUUUCCACCUGGACAGCAGGAUUUCCAAGAGGCUCAGCUUCACCAUCAUAGCUGUCAUGUGGCUGGCAGCAGCCAUCCUAGCAGGGCCUCUGGCCAUCUUCAGGGAGUUCCGAUACGAGGAAAUCCCAUCCAUUAACCUCAAAAUGGCUGUUUGCUCAGAAAAAUGGCCCUCUGCUAACAACAGAGAUGCCACCAUCUACAGUCUGUCCAUGCUCCUCCUGCAGUAUGUUCUUCCUCUUGCAAUUAUUUGUUAUGCCUACACCAGGAUCUGGUUCAAGCUGAAAAACCACGUCAGUCCCACUUCUAGGAAUGAAAACCAGUGCAGGAGGAGGAAGACAACCAAAAUGCUCGUGAUGGUAGUUGUGGUAUUUGCAGUCUGCUGGCUCCCCUUCCACAUAUUCCAGCUUGCCAUUGAUCUUGACCUGGUUCUUAUCUUCCAUGAGUACAAACUCCUGUACACUGUCUUCCAUGUGGGGGCCAUGUGCUCUACGUUUGUCAACCCCCUGCUCUAUGGAUGGAUGAACAAGAACUACAGGAAUGGCUUCCUUAUGUUCUUCCGUUGCCAGAACAAGCCUGAAAGCAUCCACACUGAAGGCUCAGUUAGAGGGAGGUCUUACAUCUUCAGGGCCAACACCCUAAAUGGGAGCAUCAAACAGACUCCUGGCAAUGGAGCACUGCCCACAGAGGUUUAGGGAUGGGACAUCCGCCUCCAGGACUGAGGCUGGCUGGGCCCAGAGACAUUCUUGGGUGAAUGCCUUUUUUGACAGAGCAUUGUGCUGCCAAUUAUAGCUACAGCAGCCAUGUAGAAAUAUGAAAUACCCCCUGUAUCUCUCAAAACAAUAAAUCUGGUGUAUUUUUGUCUGACCAAAUAAAUUAAUUUUU